GAACGACAUGAUUACACCAAUUAAAGCUAUGAAUUCCUGUAGAAGCCUUUGUUUAGACUUUUGAUUUAUUAUCGACCUCGCUGCAGCCACAACUGCCAUGAUGUUAUGGUCUAUGUAUCGUGUUCAGUGUGUACUGACACUGGUGAUAACCGUGACGUUACAUCGUUCAUAUGCUGAAUUAUUCUGUAAUUUCGGGGAACGUACAUGGUCGUCAGAUGCUGGAUUGAACGAAUGUGGUAUUACACAGCCCAGCUCAUCACCUGCCUGGGGAGCGACCAGUGGCCGGGGCUACAAUGGCAAUGCACCAUCAGGAGGCGCAAAUGAUGGGUUCCUACUUACGACGGGUGGAAGAGGAAACAUGCAGAUUCAAGCAAUGUUCCAACUACCAAAUCCUAAUCUACAACAAAACUCUGGACUCCUCUCCUUCCACUUCAAGUUCUUUGACCCUGGUGAGAGCAUCCUGACGAUUUCUGUCUGUGGUUUGAUAAUAGAUGAUGUCAACCUACAGUCUAAUGGCAACUGGGAGUUAGUGGAAAACAUCAGAAUCUACUGCCAUGGAUAUGAACCUACGGUAACGUUCACUGCGUUGUGGAGCCUGUCAUCUGGUCGCGUAGCCGUGGAUAACAUCCGGGUCGUGUCAACUUCACCACCAAUGAAGAGACCUCUUGAGACCUCGGUAGGAGAAAUUUUCUACGAAGAUCCUGACAAGAAAGUUCCUUCGGCAACCACGGCAGAUCCUGAACUAUCCCAUGGGUACCUCGUCCCAUUCCGGGGCGUUCCUGUGAAGAACAGCUCAUCGGACCAUGACUACAACUACCCAGACAUGCCAGAUGUAGGCCUGGUCCAAGUUCCUGUUUCGGCCAGAAGUACCGAUGAAGAUGGGUACAUUGUCAUAGAUCGUGACCCACAAGACAGAACAACCGCUGGCUCUAAUGUGAACUACUCUUCGCAUAUACUCCCAUCACAGGAUGGAUCUCGUCUGCUUGGGCAAGUUUGA